UACGGUUGGAUUUCGAGGAUCGAUCGACGCCACGGGACGACAGUCAGUCGUUUCGAGGCUGCCGAGUUGACCGGGUGUCGUUGAGCGACCAGAGCCGUACCGGUUCUGCCCUCUCCCUCUUUCUUUUCCGAAGUAGCCAGCCUGUUUGCCGCUACUCGCGCGCGCCUAUCAUCGUCUCGCUUCUCUUUUUUCUCUACGCGUGCACAGUGUUCACGCACAGUGAGGGACCAUGAAGAGUGUCACGACAACCACGGCCACCAGUCUUCUCUUCCUGGCGCUGAUCCAAGCUGCCAUGUGCGCGAAUAACGUCACCGUGGAUGUGGCCACCUUCUUUCCGCAGAUCAACGGCAAUCUCACCAAGAUCGUCUGGGCCCAUGCCGUCAACAACAAGACCUUACUCGAGAACGCGCUGAAAACAGCCGACAUCAUGAUGCUGGAGGCGGACGUUACGAUAGCGAACAACACGACACCGAUAAUGGCACAUCCGCCGGAGAACACGAGUGACCUAACUCUGGAGGAAUUCCUCGACAAGGUGAUCACGAAGAACGUUACCAAGGGCAUCAAGCUAGACUUCAAGAGCAUCGAGGCCUUCAACGCGAGCAAACCUAUCUUGGACAAAGUUCGCAACAACAUCACGUUCCCCGUAUUUCUGAACGCGGACAUACUCGCUGGGCCAGUGAACGCGAAUGCCACGCCAGUGAACGCAGUAUCUUUCCUCACGGAAGCCAAAGCGUAUUCAGAGUACACGCUGUCGGUCGGCUGGACCACCAGGUACGAGGCCAAGGACAAUGCCACCGAGGCUCGAUACACCGAGAAGCAAAUUCAGGAAAUGAUCGACAUCCUGAAGAAGCAGAACAUUACCCAGCCGAUAACUUACCCGGUAAGAGCCGGUCUAGCCGCGAACGACAUCAAGGUGAUCAAGUCGCUGAUGGAGAAGAGUUCCGAGAUGAAGAACGCAACCCUGACCAUUUGGUCGAGCGAGGGCGACAAGGUCGACGCGGAUCAGUUAUCGGCGUUGAUACGCGACGUUGGAGUGAAGAAGGUGUUCGUCGACGUGCCGCAAGAUCUGUUGAACAAGCUCCAUUAUUCCGGAGCGUCAAGCGUCAGCGUCGCUUCCGUCGCGCUUGCGGUCACUUUCGUCACCGCUUUUCUAUCAACGAUAUUGUGAACGGUUUGAACAAUUCUCGUCGCGUUUCGCGUUAUGCUGGUGGGGCUUGAGGGACGGAGGAAGGUGUCUUCUUGCGUCUUCUUCCGUCGCCGCGGAAUUUGUCCCUCGACGAAGGAAAGAUGCGAGAGGUUGACGAAACGCGAGCCGAAUCGCCGAUCAACGAUCGUCAAAAUUCCGAAAAAUCAAAAAGCAUUCUCGAUUUCCAACGAUCGGACGUUCCCCCGUUAGAGUCCCGAUCGUGAACGUGUACUUUCUAGCGUGUAAGCUUUAUUCGCAAACGUUUUUUCUAAGUAUUUUAAGGAAGCUUUCUUAGGAACACGAUAUUCCCGUCGAUCGCAACGCGACACCCUUGCUUUGCGAGCACUUCAACAUCGUGCCCGUUGCUUUCUUCGUUUUCCAAACACGGCUGUUUUCUUUCCGAUUCACCCGCCGACCCGUUUUUUGUAGAUUUCUAUGAUAGAAAUGCGGCGAGGCGCCUGUUCCGAUUCUUUAAGUAAACGUACUAAAAUGAUUAGAGUAAGAUAUAACAUACCGGAAAGGCGUUAUGAUAGUUGGACUAUGUCAUGCCCGAUUUUACCGAUAAUUGAAAAUUAAAUUGAUUUAGCGAACGAAUUAACGACGUUUUUCUUUCAGGCGCGUUUUACAACAGGCACGCACCCCGGUUGAUUUCGCAUCUCGGACGUGAACCACCACGCGUAUCGGUGCCGUGAUAAGGAAGGAAAUUCUAAUCGACGCUGGCGCACUUAUCACAGGUUUUUGCACCAUUUACACCUUUGAGACGCGCGAGAUAUCUUUUUUCUAUGAUACACCGCGUCGAAUGCGAGAUCUACUCGUAGUGUGUUAUAUCGUACCUCUUUAGUGUUCACCGACGUAUCUCCUGUACCUGCCUUUAACAUAUCUCAGACAUAGGUGCAGAAUAAUGAUGCAAAAACAAAAUACAUUAAAAAGAAAAAAGAAAGAAAAUAAGGUAUUAGAUUUUACGUAAGCUGCAAACGUGUAUAUCUGUAAGCCAAAGGAUUGUGAAUGCGUAAUACGGUGCCGGUGCACCGCGUUUGAUAACGAAACAAUAAAAUUAUGUGCAAAAUUCGUCGGCUUUUUCCAUCGAAUCCUCUACGCGAGCGUUUCUCUCAAAAUUUUGGGGCAAGUGAAAGAGUACUCAAAACAAUUAACGACCAUUGAUUUCAUGUUUUAACGGAGAAACAAAAAUAGAAAGAGAAAAUCAGAGCUGGAUAAAAUGCUAUUUUAAAUACAGUAAAUAGUAAAUAAUCCUUUAUUUAUUUAUUUUAAAUUAUACGUAUAACUUUGAAAAUAAAAUAUUUUAUUUGAUACAGUAAGUCUUUAAAAUAGAAUUUGAAAAUAGUGUAUACUAUUUGAAGAGAAUUGAAAAUAUUUGAAGUUAUUUCCUUCAUUUUAAAUACUGUUGCUAAAAAUAAUGAUUUACGUUCAAUAUAUUUAUUAAUUGGCCAAAUAAUUUUUUUAUGUGUAAAAAUAUAAGUACUAAUUAAGUGUAAGUUUUAUUUCUUUUUUGGAAUAUCGUUGAAACAAGAAAUAUCAGAUCAUUCUAUAAAUACUGCGGUUUGUCAACAAGAAACAACACAAAAAGAAGAGAAACUAAAAAAUGACAUUCAGAAAAAUCACAAUAUUUAUGGAAUGGUCCAAUGCUUCAAGCAAGAUUGAAGUAUUUUAUUUUAUGCUUUAAAUUAUUAAAUUAAAAUAUUAUAUUUUAUAUUUUAGAUUAUUAAAAUGAAAAUAUUUUUUGUUUGUUGAAACAUUACAUCCUACUUAAAAUACUAUUUUAUUUAAGCUGGACAGAAUCUAAAAUAUUAAAUACUAUUUAAAAUAUUUAUUUCGCACAAUAUUGCUAAGUUCUUGAGAAACUAAAGGAAUACAGGUAACAUAAAUAAAAAAAGAACAAAAUAUUAUAAUAGAAUGAAUAUUUAAGUGUUAAAAUAAAUUCAAAAUUGAACGUUUGCACUUACGGUCGAGUAACAAAAGAAAAAUUAAUUUGAUCAGAAAUUCUUUAAUUCGGUAAAUCCAAAGAUCAUUAAAUACAUUUAAAAAUUAAUCUAGAAGACCAGAGUGCACAAACAUGUAUUGAAAGAAUAACCAAGUGAUUUCAAAAUUGACCCUUCAAUUUCGAAAUUAAAUUUGGUAUUAAAUGAAACUUCAGCUUAUGAUGAAACAUCAAUUGAUUUGUACUUUUCUGUGUGUUAAAUUUACGACAUUCUUCUAUUGUAAGACGCUAGAAGCAAGUUCUCAAAGUUGGGACCUGUAUUGCGGGUGGUCCGUCUUUGAUCCCCUGAAUCGAUGAUUGCUCACGCAAAGCGUGUCGUAGAAUACGAGUCGUUACAUUCACAACGCAUCCCUUCAUUUCUAUCGACAUAAUUCUCCCAACAGACUAACACAGAGAAUCGGCAAAGAACUCGUUCAACAUCGGAAGAAACCGCGAACGAAUUUCUGUUAUCCUCGAGAUCCAUUAAAUUCGUUAUCGAGUCAGGCCUUUUAAUUAUUGAAUUGGAUCGCUGGUCAAACAGCCUGGAGAAACCCGUUACCGACCGAACGUUCACUCGGUUUCUGUUUACCCAACCAUUUGACACGAACGAUGCAAGUCGUGGACCUUCUGUUUGCCUUUCGAUUAUUUACCAUCUGCUCGCGUAACCGAUCGAACUGCAGCUCUGUUCGUUAACGAUCUUCGCAUGCCUGCACGACGAUAGAUAAUAACUAGGAGGAAUUUCAUUGUCUGUCGACACGGUGCUAACGCCAAUGAUACCGACGCGUUCGAAUUCCGAGCGGGAUUUUUUCGCGCCGACGUUCACGGUGCCAAGGUAACACGGUGAAAGAAAACGAGAAGCAGAGGGAAGGCGUGGUGGAAGGGUUACGAGAUGUCAAGGGUCACUCCAUCGAGAGUGGUCUUCGGUAGGAAGAAAUUCCGGUUAUCGCGAUCGGGCUUGACCACGUUGUUCAUGCCACGUGACAAGAGGAGAUUACUCCAAAAAAGGAAAAUAUAUGUAUAUAUUGAUUAGGGCACUCUCACUGAAUAGUAAUCAAUUUAUGUCUGACUUACGUAUCUCUGACUUUGAGAUGAAAGAAAACGCAAUUUCUUCUUAUAGCGGGCGCGAGUUGUUCGCGGUUCACAAUUAAUCAUAGAAAAGUUAAAGUAUCAGAAUUGUAACACUAAACGUACCAAGCGGG